AUGAAGGCAUACAUCGCUGUUGCUUCAAGUCUCCGCUUCUUCUGUGUCUCUUACUUUCGUUUUCUAAGAUUACCAGCACUUCCCUUGUUCUUAGGUUCUUUCUCUCUUUUUUUUUUGUCUCCCCACCCUCUCUCUUUUUCCUUCUUAAGACUUCAGUUAUUAGCAUUUUCCUUAUAUUUUCCCUCCGUUUCUCUCUCUUGCUCUUUGUCUUGCUCUCUUUUUCUCUUUCUUGUCUCUUUAGAUUACAGGCACAUCCUGUGUUCUCAUUUUAUUUCUAUAUUUCUCUUCUUAAUCUUCACCUUCGCCUUCUUAUUCUCUUUCUCUCUCUUUGUCGAUCACUCUCUGUCUGUCUCUCACUUGUCUUAUUCGAUUGCUAACACUUCCUCUUUUUUCAUUUUCUUUCACUUUUCUCUCAUUUUCCCCUCUCUCUCUCUCUCUAAAAUAUAUUUCCCUUCCAUCUCUCCCUUUCUCUCUUACCCUUUUUAUUCCCUUCUCUUUCUCUAUCCCUUCUUAUCUAUCUGCUUUUCUCUCUCUCCCUUUCUCUCUAACUCUUUCUCCCGCUCUCUCUCUAUAUUCUUCGCCCUUUCUCUCUCUCCCUCUCUGUAUUUCUCUUUCUUCCUCCCUCUCUUCCUUUUACCCUCUCUCUUUAUUUCUCUCUUUUUCUCUCCCCCUUUAUUCCUCUCCCCCCUUUUCCCUCUCACUUUCUCUCACCUUUCCUUUCUCUCUUUCCUUUUCUCUUUCUUAUUUUUUAUGGGCUUUGUUGCAAUCUACUUCCCAUUCUGCACAGGAACUGCAUCUCUACUUUCAUUAUAG